CUGCUGACUUACCUGUAAGCCCAUGGAGGUUACCUGUCGGGUUAGGUUGUUACGGCCAGGUGUUCCCAUGCUGGUUUCAGCCUUUCCCCAGUUGUAACCGUGCCAGCUCAGAAGAGGUCGUGCCUUGGAUGCACCACUCCAGAGCAAAAAUGGCACCCGCACCAGCGGCUCGGGAGGAGACGCCACCAGCACCAGAUGACAAAUACAAACACACCUGGGCGCCAUUCGCUGACCUGGCACUUCUGUCCCAGCGGCACCCAUGGGACGAACAGGGGUCCUCACGUCUGUCCUGGAACCAUUUUACUCUGCACUAGCUCUGCUGUUCUAUUUCUUCAAUCCUAUUGUCCAUUCAAAAGCCCCUCGAGUGGAUGAAAUCAUUUCCUCUGCUCUUAUUCACCAUAAACACUCCAGCUCAUUGUUCCUACGUAGGAACACAGCUGAUAGAGAUAGUUUUCUAGUCUUCUUUCCUCUGCCCCCACUAACAACACCAUCGCAGCCUAACUUUUUUUGUGGUAUUACUGAAGACAUACAAAAACUAUGGAAUUUUACUAAUUAUUGGGAUUUCCCAGAGCAGUCUGAGAUGAGGCUUAGGGCUUAUACUUCCCUCAUAGGAACACCUGCUCCUCUGGAUGAGUCCUUCAGGAGUGAAGUUCAUAAAUGAAAUCCAGAGUCCCAAACCCACUAACAGGUGUCCAAAUUGCACCUUCAAUCCCGUUAAGAACACAACAAAGGAACCCGAUAAAUCUGGUUUAGGGCCGUUCACAAGGUAUACCAAUAUUGCUCCUCAAACACAUUAAUCCCUAACAUUAACUGCGAAUCAGAUAACAAGGACACAGACUUUCAGUCCCCAUUUGGCCUGAUGGUGUCCGGGUUUCCUCCAGCCCUCAAGGCCUUCCAGGGUGUCUCUCAUCCCAGGGAACCCAACAUCAUCGUGUGCGGCCCCACCCUGCCAGGGCAGUCCAGAGUUCAGAUUUCUCCACCUCUGCCCUGGGCAGGGGCGUGCCCAUUGGUGUCGAGUGGCACUCUGCAUCACACGGGUGCCCUGUAUGCCCAACGACCCCCUGUGACCCAGUCUUUCCAGACCCUUGCCUUGUUCCAGGUCCCUGGCUCCCCUGAACCCCGGGGCUGGCACAUAGUAGGCAUCCCUUCAGCCUGCUGAGGACAGCCAGUCCCCUCCGGCCGUCGGAGCUCCGGUGGGUCCAGAACCCCCAGCAUGUCCCGGCCAUGGAAGACGAAGCCCACGUUGGGAAACUUUUCCUGGGACGGCAGCUUGAACUUGGCGACCGGCAGUCCUCAUUUGGACUGACUGCAGAAUAGGUUCCCAGGCUGACUGGUCAGCCAGGCUCUUUCUGGAGGCUACCCAGGCAGCCCUCCGAGAAGGUAGGGCCGUGGGCAGUCCACACUAACUCCAGCUCUACCUAGAGGGGGAAGGGUGGCUGUGCCCCUCAGCCCUUGGAAGCCGGCAGGUGUCUUUUGCCACCCACCCAGGGCAGAUGCCACCCCAGGGCUUCUCCACACACCCGCCAGGGUCCAGGUCCCGGGCUCCCCUGAACCUGCCUGGCCUGAGCAAGUGCUGCACGCACCGCACCGCGGCAGCCCCCUUCGGGCACCUGGACCCCCGGGGCAGCUCCCAGAGCACCUGCAUAGCCUCUUGCCAGACAAAAGCUGCCCCUCAAGUUCUUGCCACCGCCAUGGCCACAGCUGUCAGCGGGCCCCGGUCGGCCUCCAUGGGAACUGGCUCCCUCCCCCAUAGGGGCCCUGGCGCCCAGAGCAACCAAGGCCCCCGGGGGCUCCUGCUGCGGGAAGCCCAGGCCACUCACCCAGGCCCCCCGCUCUCCCAAGGUAGUCGUCUUUCCUCCAGCCUGGCCUUCAGGGGCAAUACAGGCGCCCUGGGGUCAAACACGGUUUGGAACCGGGCAGAAUCCCGCUUCCCCGCGGAGGCCUGGCUCCUGGCACCCUGGCCUCGCCCUACGGCGGCCCUGUUCCGGGUCCAGGGCUCCCUGGCCCCCGUGACCUGCCUCCGAGCGCCAGGGCAGUGCCCCGGCCACACCUGGCGCGCCGGCCUCGGGCGGCAGGGGGCGCGCCAGGCCUCCGAACAAAGGGCCAGUCAGGAGGCGUGUGGCGCGGCAGGGGGCGCACGGCUCCAACCAGCUCGCUUGGACUCGGGGUGCAGGGAGCCCGAGGCGGCCAACGCUUUGCGCGGCCGAGGCGGCACGAUGACAUGGACAACAGGCAGUUUCCGUUUGGCUUGGCCGACCGCUGGGGUCCCAGAUGAAAUGUCUCAGGCACAGAGAGGCCACAGCUGGUAAGAGGUGGAGUGGAUUCAAACUCAGGCAACUUCGCCCUUUUCAUCAACAGGUCUUUAAUCCAUCUGGAGCUCACAUGUGUAUGUGGCAUUGAUGUGGCAGGCCAGGUCCAAGGACCCAGAGGGGAUCCUGCAGAACCAGCCAAGAGGGUCCCUGAGGAUGGAAAUCAAAUGCGAACCAGCAGGAAGUGAGAGUUUAUUGAUGACACAGAGAGAGCAGAUACAGUCGGAGCAUCUGAGAGACUCAGAACGCAAAUGCAGGAGAGUCUCAUCUUUGCUUGGGGGUCUAGAGUUUUCACUGAAGAUGGUGGUCUGGUGUACGUGUCCUCUCUGGCAUCCAGGAACUGGUCGAACAAGGACCAGUGCUCAGGUGUCCUCCAUAAGUCACUUAUGCCUAGAGCCCGGGGGUCUUGGUGUUCAAGGUGUUUGGAGUCAGAGGUCUCGGACAACAUUCAUGAGGACUCCACCCAGUCCUGUAUCUAUUGCUCUGGAAGGCUCCAAAGAAAUCAUUAACUCCUUGACCUUUACAAGGAGGACAUACAUGAAGACAUAUGUAAGGCAGGUCCUAGCAGGAAUAGAGGCAGGAAAAGGAGCAAAGAAAAAAACAGCUUUUUUUUUUCUUCAUGGAGUUCCUUCACUUUCCCUUUCUCAGUAUUAUGUAGGGAUCCAGUCUUUUUUUCUCAAGUUUAUUUAUUCAUCUUUAGAUUGAGAGAGAAAGCGCGCUAACACAAGCAGAGGGAGGGAGAGAGAGAGAAACCCAAGCAGGCUCUGCACUGUCUGCACAGAGCCUGAUGUGGGGCUGGAACGCACGAACCCUGAGGUUACUGACCUGAGCUGAAAUCAAGAGUAGUCCGCUUAACUGACUGAGCCACCCAGGUGCCCCUGUAGGGAUCCGGUUUUAUUUCUCUCCAAAAUGCAAGCCAGUUUUUCUAAGACCACUCUUUCUCCACUGCUGUGUGGUGCCUAAAGAUGCCAUGUUUGUCAUGACUUGGCCGAGUCUUCUUGAGACUACGGAUAAGCCAGAAGAAAGCCCAACUGAGAUUGGAGAGAGGGAGAGAUGCUACAGUUUGAGCUCCAGAUAUUUUUAAAGCCAGGAAUCUCCUAUUUUUGUUUUUGCUUGGGUCUUUGUCAAUUGCAACUGAAAUGUCUAGUACAACCAUGAUGCUCUAAUAUAGUUGCUAUCUGGAAGUUAAUUUCAUAUAUUGCGAAGAUUCAAAUGAUAAUAAUUCCAGUCAACAUAAUUUAUUCUUACUUGUAUCAAUUAAUUGAAUCUGUGGUUCAUUUAGUUGGGAUUCUUUUGUUCUCUUUGAACCUGGGAUAGAAGAAUAUUAUACAGUCAAAAAUGUGUUUUCAUUCUGACAUAAUUGGAAAAGAUUUUGAGAAACUGAGAGUGAAAAAGUUCACAGGGAAAACAGAGCGGGGGAAAAAUCUUUGGGCUAGGCAAAGAUUUCUUACAUACAAACCGCAAAGCUUAAUCCAUAAAAGAAAUAGGUAAGUGAGAGUACCUCAAAAUUAAAACCUUUCUCUCUUUGAAAGACACUAUUGAGAGAAAGAAAACACAAGCAAUAGCCUAGAAGACAAUAUUUGCAAGACACUUAUUUGAUAAAGGACUUGUAGCCAAUACACAAAGAACUUUCAAAACUUAAUAAUAAGAAAACACUCAGGGCGCCUGGGUGGCUCAGUCGGUUAAACGUCCGACUUCAGCUCAGGUCAU